CAUUUAAGCCACAAACCAAACAUGUCUGAAAGUCCCAGUAAUUCUUAUAAAAAAUAUGGGUGGAGCCAUCACCCACGCCCCCAAGAUCCUGUCCACGCCGGAUAGAUAGAAGAGGCUAACCUUUACCUCCCGCUUGCUCCCCCCUUUUAUUUUGGCAGGAUUGCACAUCUUCCCCAAGUAACACCUGACAAAGGGCGAGGAGAGCAUAGAUUUCUUCUUUCCCUUGCCGUUGCCGCUUCCGUUUCUCGCUUCCAUUCCUCUCUGCUCGUGGGUUUGUCGAAGAUAAACCUCGCAUAAAGCUUCGUUCGUCGGCUUUUGGUAUCAAUCGGCAGGGCUCCCCCGUUUCCUCUCUCCAAGAUCUUCCCCCCUUUUCUUCUGUCUCCAACCCGCGGAAAUCCUUGGAGGAGUUGCGGAAAUUUGUAGCAAGAGGUUUUCCUUUCCAGCUUUCCUGCUGCGGCGGCCUCCGCACGGUUUUUGAUCCGGGGAGCGCACCUGGGGCGCGCCAAUGCAGCCGGACCCGAGCGGGAACGCCAAUGCGAAGACGAAACUGCCGCAGCUGGUGACGGCGCCGGCUCCGUCGUCGGGGCGUCCGGCGUCCGUGCUUCCGUACAAGACGGCGAACGUGCGGGACCACUACCGCAUCGGCAAGAAACUGGGGCAGGGGCAGUUCGGCACCACGUACCAGUGCGUGGGCAAGGCGGACGGCGCUGAGUACGCAUGCAAGUCCAUCCCCAAGCGCAAGCUGCUGUGCCGGGAGGACUACGAGGACGUCUACCGCGAGAUCCAGAUCAUGCACCACCUCUCCGAGCACCCCAACGUCGUCCGCAUCCGCGGCGCCUACGAGGACGCGCUCUUCGUGCACAUCGUCAUGGAGCUCUGCGCCGGCGGCGAGCUCUUCGACCGCAUCGUCGCCAAGGGCCACUACAGUGAGCGCGCGGCUGCGAAGCUCAUCAAGACCAUUGUCGGGGUCGUGGAGGGAUGUCACUCGCUCGGCGUCAUGCACCGGGACCUCAAGCCGGAGAAUUUUCUCUUUGCCAGCACCGCCGAGGAAGCCCCACUCAAGGCCACUGACUUUGGGCUUUCCAUGUUCUACAAGCCCGGUGAUAAAUUCUCUGAUGUCGUUGGAAGUCCAUACUAUGUUGCACCAGAGGUGCUUCAGAAAUGCUAUGGUCCAGAAGCUGAUGUGUGGAGCGCAGGAGUAAUUCUGUACAUUUUGCUUUGUGGUGUGCCCCCGUUUUGGGCAGAAACUGAGGCUGGAAUCUUCAGGCAGAUUCUGCGAGGCAAACUUGAUUUUGAAUCUGAACCCUGGCCUAGUAUUUCUGAUAGUGCUAAGGAUCUGGUCUGCAAUAUGCUUACACGGGAUCCUAAAAAGAGAUUUAGUGCUCAUGAGGUUCUCUGUCACGCAUGGAUUGUUGACGAUGCCGUGGCACCUGAUAAGCCUAUUGAUUCUGCUGUUCUCUCAAGGCUGAAGCAUUUUUCGGCAAUGAACAAGCUCAAGAAGAUGGCAUUAAGGGUUAUUGCUGAAAGCCUGUCUGAGGAAGAGAUUGGAGGCCUCAAGGAGUUGUUCAAGAUGAUUGAUACUGACAGUAGUGGGACUAUAACAUUUGAUGAGCUGAAAGAUGGCUUGAAAAGGGUAGGCUCUGAAUUAACAGAGAACGAAAUCCAGGCUCUAAUGGAAGCAGCUGAUAUUGAUAACAGCGGAACCAUCGACUACGGCGAAUUCAUUGCAGCUACGUUGCACAUGAACAAACUGGAGAGGGAGGAAAACUUGGUUUCAGCAUUCUCGUUUUUUGACAAAGAUGGAAGUGGCUUUAUAACCAUCGAUGAGCUGUCACAAGCAUGUCGCGAAUUUGGUCUCGAUGACCUCCACCUCGAGGAUAUGAUUAAAGAUGUUGACCAGAACAAUGAUGGCCAAAUCGACUACAGCGAGUUCACGGCGAUGAUGAGGAAGGGCAAUGCUGGUGCAACAGGAAGGAGAACCAUGAGGAACAGCUUGCACUUGAAUCUCGGCGAACUCUUGAAUCCCAGCAAAACCUAGCGCGUUACUGGAAGGCCUUGUCAGGUACAUUCCCAUGGCAUCUGAAGUUUUUGGAUGCGUUGUCGAUCUGCUGGCCUAUUCUGAGAUGUUGAGUGGUUAUCCUGUGGUAUUACUAAGAUGCUGGACAAUUUUCGUAGUGCUGGUGGUAUCCUCUAGAGAAGAGGGAUGGCUGGCACAAUGUGGCUACUAUCGCCAACUGCUUUUGUAUGUGUAACUAUCGAUGUAGAUUGACUAUGGUCUAAACAUCAGUUUAGUUGAUAUUUCGUUCUCUAAGGUAGUGUUUGGUUGAA